AGGCCUAAAACAUUUGUAAGCGUUGACCUCUGAUUAUGGCUCCCACUAAAAUCUAGAAUAAAGGUUGACUUGGCAAGGCAGUUUAGAAACUUCUUUGUCCUCCUAAAUGUUUGGCCUUGUGUUUCUCAAUCAAACUUAUCUCAAAUAUGAUAGCCAUAGAACCUUUGUAAGCCCCAUGUCUCUGUCGAACUCGCUUGAAGAUUAAAAUGUGAAUAACCCGGCAGAAGUUUGGGACAAUGAAAUGCUACAAAAACGUUAUUGCACUAAAAUUCUUUAUUUACUUUUUUUUUUAAACCGUAUUCAUGAGUCUUUUAUAUGAACUCAAACAGGUAACUAUCAAUUUGGAAAAUGUAAUGUUUUUAUUGCAUACGUGGCAUUAAAAUAAAAACAAUAAAAGUAAGCAACCCUGUCUUAAUUCUUCUGCAAACGUAACGAUUCAAUCUAAAACUGUAAAGUUUUUUUUUUUUUUUUUUAGCAACGGUCCUAAACACUGCGUCUCUUGAACGUGCCCCCGGUCGGUUAAGGACGUGCUGACGUAAGACGUGUGAACAACAAACAGUUGUCGGACUUCAACAAGCUAGCGAAUGGUAACGCUGGACUAAACAGGUUCCGCGUACUUCCCCCGGACAGAGAGACACCGACGAAACCUGUGCGGUCGGAAAAAAACAUUCAAACCGUCGUCCUAAUCCGCAGCGGUUGUACCGGCGGAGCGCAAUCGUUAGCCAUUGAAAACACGCUCAUUGCGCGGAGUAUGACGCCUGUUUUUUUCCUGGCUGCCGCUGGUCGACGGUCGUGAUGCGAGCCGAGCAACACGACAGAGGGUGAGACUUACUGCGGGGAAAACCUUUUUUUUUUUUUUUUUUUUUAUUGACACGAGAAGAAUGGACUUUGUCGGGGAGAAACAGACAGGCUCACGAAAAGAAGCUGGCGCGCGACGGUUCACGGGCCCGGACGUCAUUGUUGGGGAACAACUCCGGCAAGCUAGCGAACAUUAGCUCGCUCAAAAAUUCAUGCACAUUAAUUGCUUUGGUGUCGGGGCAGUAAGCUCUCUGUGAUAAGCGUUAUGGAGGCACCCUGAGGGACUUGUUCAUAUCAACUGACUGUCCUGGUCGUCUCGUCUGUUGUUGGCAAUGUGUUGACGACUGAGCAUUUCUUUGGUUCCUUCUUGGAGCUGCAGGAAACGCUCGGCAGACAUUAUUAAGUAGUGGUUGCCUGUCUGGGUGAUAGUGGAACAAAGUUUCCUGGUUUAGCACACAGAUAAUAACUGGAACAGUAUCCAUUUCACAUAGGCGUCACAUAUUUCUUCUAUUGACAUUUUGUGUGAAAUUGCACUUUAAUUUGCUGUUGUUUUUUAAGCAUUCACAAGCAGUCACCUUUUGAUUUUGGGGUUUGUGAAAACUAUUAAGUCAUUCGCCCCUAGUACAUCAAGCUGUAGUUAUCGUUUUCUAAUUGCACUUAAAUAUAAUUUAGCCUGUAACGCAUCAGCAUAGGUUCACAUGUACGUACAAGGUUGUGAGACACAGGCCAGAGACAGCCUUAUCCAUGUCUGUUGGUUCCUAGUUACUGUUUAACCCAAUAUCGAGGCUGUCUGGCACAGUUACAAUCUGAGUUUCACUGGAAAUGAAAACAUGAACAUCGAAGAACAGUGUCUAGAUUUGUGCAAUGUCAAGACGAAAAGCAAUGUGGGCGACGAUCACAACACUACUAACAACACCGAAGGAAUCACCCCCCGGAUCUCUGAACUGAUGACAGACGGUAAUACAGACAAAACUAAUAUUGUUCCCGCAGUGUCCUCCGAAACGUACCUGAUGCCUCAGCUCACUGACAACCUUCCAGCAGCUGAGGACAACCACCAGGCACGAGACGCACUGGAAAUUGACGAGGUCAAUGGAAAUAGAAAGAGCACUGCUCAAGACGACCCUGCGGCAGUGAAUCCCACUGACUUGAUCUUUUCUGAUGAUGAGCAGCAAAAAGAUGAUAUUGGGGUGGAGAAAAUAAAGGAAGAUAAGGACACCGAUCCUGCAAUGUGUGUCGUGGAAGAAGGGGAUGACGGCGGGGACAUGGACAUAGGUGUGGAUCUGACUCUCGAUGAGAGCGGAGUGUUGGAGGCCGAAUCGACAAAUGACAGUUUGUUCACAGACAAAACUUUUGACUCCGAGUCUACGGCUCGGGAGGUCCCGGCUGGCAGCGGGGGAGAGAGCUCGUCGGACGCCUCUGCCACGGACCGAGCUGGACUGUACCCUUCUGUGGAGCAGGAGGACGGUAAACUCGAACCGAGCGGCAAGCGGGUGACGUUUCCCUCAGACGAGGAUAUUAUCUCCGGAGCGGUGGAGCCCAAGGAUCCCUGGAGACACGCUCAGAAUGUCACGGUGGAGGAGAUCCUCUCUUCCUACAAACAAGCCUGUCAGAAACUCAACUGUAAACCCAUACCCAAAGUGCUCAAACAGAUGCAGGAAAUGAAAGACCUGACUCGGCGAAAUGAAUGCUUAGAUCUGAAAGGUGAGAAGCUGGACUACAAAGCAUGCGAGUCUCUGGAGGAGAUUUUGAAGAGGGUCCAGUUUAAAGUGAUAGACCUGGAGCAAACCAACCUGGAUGAAGAUGGUGCAACGGCUCUCUUUGACAUGAUCGAGUACUACGAGUCGGCCACACAUCUCAACAUCUCCUUCAACAAGCACAUCGGCUCACGGGGAUGGCAGGCCGCAGCGCACAUGAUGAGGAAGACGAGCUCUCUGCAGUACCUCGACGCACGCAACACUCCUCUGCUGGACCACUCGGCUCCCUUUGUAGCGCGAGCUCUCCGGAUCAGCGGCAGCCUGGCCGUCCUCCACCUAGAGAACGCUGGUCUGUCUGGCAGACCGCUCAUGUUACUGGCAACGGCUCUGAAGAUGAAUAUGAACCUGCGGGAAUUGUACCUGGCAGACAACAAGCUCAACGGCCUUCAGGACUCGGCCCAACUCGGCAACUUGCUUAAGUUCAACUACAACAUUCAGAUCCUGGACCUGCGCAACAACCACAUCCUAGACUCCGGUCUGGCCUACGUGUGCGAAGGACUUAAAGAGCAGAGGAAAGGCCUCGUCACUUUGGUGCUGUGGAACAACCAGCUCACACACAAUGGCAUGGGCUACCUCGCUGCUGCACUGCCAUGCACCCAGAGUCUAGAGACUCUGAAUCUCGGCCAUAACUCUCUGAGUAACGAAGGGGUCCACAAGCUGAAGGACGGACUGAUUUCCAACCGCUCCGUGCUCCGACUCGGCCUCGCCUCCAUCAAGCUGUCCUGCGAAGGAGCUGUGGCCGUGGCUGAAUUUAUUGCCGAGAGCCCCCGACUGCUGCGUCUCGACCUGCGAGAGAACGAGAUCAAGACGGGCGGACUGAUGGCCCUGUCGCUCGCCCUGAAAGUCAACACCUCUCUGCUGCGACUCGACCUCGACCGGGAGCCCAAAAAGGAAACGGUGAAGAGCUUCAUUGAGACCCAGCGCGCCCUGCUGGCUGAGAUCCAGAACGGCUGCAAGAGGAACUUCAUCCUGGCGAAAGAAAAGGAGGAAACGGAGCAGAAGAUGAGGCAGUCGGCAUCCAUGGCUGAAAUCGCCACGGAGGAUGGGACCAGAGAAGAAGAGGAGGAGGGACCGUCAACGGGGGAGAAAGUGGAAAUAGUGGUGACAGACGGGGAAGAAAAAGGCGAAGCGACGAAGAAGGAAGAACAGUCGAGCAGCCGAUCGCGAGAGAGCACCGAGACGAGCAUCCCUCAAAUGAUCCUGGAGUCGGACUCGGACACCGAGGACGAGGAGGCGGAGGUGGUCACAAAGUCGUCGUCGUCCUCCUCGUCCGACUCUUCCGCUCGGUUCAACCGGACCAAUCUUCAACCCCCGACGGCGGUCGCACAGCCUCCGCUCGGCGCCUCGUGCACCUCCUCCCCGCGACCCGUCUCGCCCGCCGGCGGGCCGAGCGCCGUCUCCGGCGUCACCGUGACCCAAUCCACGGCGCCCCCGGGCACCCCUCCGUCUCCCGGUCGCUGCAUCUCCGUCUCCAGUCCGGGGCGGGGCCACAAGAUCUUCAUGGUGACUCGGGUGGAGAGCCCCCUUGAGCAGCAGCAGCAGCAGCUACAAAACCAGAGGGGUCUCCCUGGAGCUCCCAGUCUCGGCGAACCGGCCUCAAAGAAGCCCGGAGGAGGGGACACGCCGCCGCCCUCGUCUCGAACAGCUGCACAAGCACAACCGACACGAGAAGGAGGCGUGAAGGCGAGCUCACCCGCUCCGUCAACCGACCCGACGCUCGCAGAGCGGAGGCCUGUCGCACACUCGGAGUCGGCACCGGGUGCUCCACGAGCGCCACCGCUGACAGAGCGGCCCACGGAGGAUGCGAGCGCGAGCGCUUUAGAUCUCGAAGCGACGGAUACGUGUCGACCAGCACCGGCCACGCCUUCAGAUUCCUCCUCGUUGCGGGCGGCGGCUCUUCAGCUCACCGAGCAGAUCAUGGAGAGCAUUCAAACCCAGCGGUUUGAGCCCUCCUGUGUCGAGGAAAAGAAGGAAGAUGAGGAUGAUGGUCACAUAGAAGAUGAGAGACGGGUGAGCACAGACGGAAGGCGUGAACCGAGUCUAACCCCGACGACUUGGACCCCCGCGGUCCAAACGCAGCGGCAGCUGUCGCCGCCUACUCUUGGAAACCUCCAGGGUGAGCCGGCGUCCGCAGCAGCGGAGAAGCAAACCGAGGAAGAAAAAGAGGAUCCGCUUCUACGGGAGGAGCAGGAAGCGGCGGCGGACUUGUCGGAAAUUGAAAAACGGCCAACCCGAGACGACCCGUGUCCAGAGCAGCAGACCGAGGAAGAGGAGCGGCCGGUCGAGCCCGUUCCCUCGGUCCAGGCUGAUGAACCGGAGCCAGAGGAAACCUCGAAGGGUCCCGAACUCGCCCCGACGGAGUCCGAGUCCCCCGACGAUGAGGAUUCACCCGAGGAGAGCUCUGCGGACGAGGACGAGUGUUUUGCCGACGCUCCGGAGGAAGAGGAGGAGGAAGAGGAGGAGGAGGAGAUUGGCUCGGCGCUACCCAACGGCCUGAAGCCGGAGUUCUCCCUCCAUCUCAUCGAUGCCGAAAGCUCCAAGCCAGGCAGCUGUGUGAUGGAGCACGUGAGUGUCACCUGUGGACAAGACCUGGAGGAGCUGCUGCUAGAAGCCAGUUUGGAGACGGGUAGAGUGGCACCAUGAGGGCGUGAGGAGGACUCCGUUUGUCUGGCUCGACCGCGCGACCGGUUGCCCUGCAAUGUUUUUGUUGUUUCUUUGACGUUACCGCCAACACAACCUUUUCCUUAACGGACAGAAGACCCGGUGCGACCGUCGAAGAGCUCUCUCUGACAAUACAAACCAAUCAUGGAAAGAAAACGGGACAAAAUCAACUCCUGGAGCGUCGCCGGGACAAACGAGGAACCCUCUGCAUCCACAUCACAUUGACCACUGACACACACACACACACACGUGCACAUUCUGAGGAAGGGGAGGAAGAGAAAGAACAUCACCAUGUUGUAUCACUACAUUUAGUUAAAUCUGCAAUCUUUUCACACAAGCAGCCGCCUGUGAGAAGGAAGAGCGCCGGGGGAGGAAACACUAACCAAAGACAGAGCAUCCCGCUCGCUGCUCUCGUGUAGAUGGCCACUGUAGUUGGGGAAAUAUCCAGCAAUUUAAGUUUAUUUUCUUCAUUUUUUUUUCAUAAAAUACAUCCACAAAGACAUAACGGUGAUAAUAAGAAUAGCGCGGUUGACAGAAUAUCGGUGACGGACCCCGCCGAGCCCACCUGCUGGCUUUAAACACCCGGAGGUGGAAGUAGGUCACAUAUCGAAUGCUUUUAUAUCUGAGGAAGAUGUUAACGUGUCUGUUUUAAAUGUCAAUGCUGUUUGUCUUGUGUCCCCGCUCCCGAAGGUGUGUGUGGGGGGGGGGGGGGCGAAGCUCUUAAGGGACCUCUUCCAAAGUGACCUCCCUCUUUGUAUGUGUUCUCAUCCUCCGCUCACUUUGGCCCCUCAGGAAUCGGCGCCCCCCCGCCGUAACCGUCUCCACUCGCCCUUUUUUUUUUUUUUUAAAGCGACGGUCGUUAGUUUAGCUUUCGGCUGGAAAAGACGGAACAUGUCCGCUUUCCGGUUGAGUUACUUCCAUCUUCUUUUUUCCCCAUGAUUCUCUGACUUUCCGACACAAUCACUGCUCCGUUCCACCGGUCACUGUCGUGUAAAAACUCUUUCAAGAUAAGCAGCUCUGUGUGUGUGUCGCCGUCUCUUCCUCCUCCCGGCGCCGUUGCCUUGACAACUCACCACUUCACAUUUGGUCCUAUUUUUUGUUUGGACUGCUUUGAGAAAACUUUGUUAUUUUCUAUUUAUUUUAUAGCUUUAAGAGACUUUUUGUUCUGACCCCCCCCCCCCCCCCAUUUUCUUCUUCUUCACCCCCAUCAUCAUUUUAUCUUUUUUUUUUUCAUUUUGGGGCGUUGCUUUUUAAAGAUUAACCCCAUAGUGAUGUAUAUUUCAGAUUCAAAGUAGAGCAAAUAUUUUGUUUUUGGGGGGGGGGGGCGAGGGUGGGGGGGGGCAGUGUAAUCUAUGUUGGAAGGAAAAGGUGAAUAUGAUUGGAUGGUCGACUCUGGGUGCAGGAAUAAAAGCAAACACAAGGGUGCAGCAAAGAUAUUUGUUCUCAUCAAAGUCCUUUUAACUCCAGCCUGCUGGGUGCCGCUGUGGCCACCUGGGGGGGGGGGGGGGGGGCGUGUUGUUUUCCCACACAGGAAACAGAAGUACAGGACCCACCCUGCAGCAGCUGACGUCUUGAAUUUUCCAAAUCAAGAACUUAAGCAUCUUUACAUGAACUUCAUGCAUGUUCGUGAGCAGAGCUGCUUUGUGUUGGUUGUGUGUUUAUUUCUUUUCUUAAUUAAAAGGAGCAGCAUUCAACCCCUCCUGCUGCUCGUCACCCAACGGAUAGUCCCCCCCCCCCCCCCCCACGCUGUUUGUUAUGCUUUCAUUUUUAGAAAUUUUUAAUAAUAAUUUGUUAACUUAAUUGAAAAAGUGCUGGUAAUCACAAAGAUGUGUAUGAAAUGUGUUCCUCUCAAAUAAAUGCAUGUAAUGACUAAAUGAUUAUGACUGAAUGUUUUCAACGUCUGAACUGGGACAAUGUGAGCGGGUCAAGUUCUGUUGGGAUGUUUGGAGGCAGCCGGUGACCCUUCAUGUGAUCUUUGAGACCUCCGCUAAAUGUUUUAAAAUAUAGAAAUUCUCUAAAAACAUUAUGGGUUUAAAAAGUAGUCUAUUUAAAGGUGAGUUUUUAUUUUCAUACCCAAAUUAGCAACAAUUCCAUCUGCUGUGAUUCAGUCUGUCGUGUAUCGUUUCAUUAUAUUUCACCGCCGGUCACGUUGUGUAGCAGAACUUUAGGAAAAUCAAGUUUCUUGGUCGAAAAAUGUAUGUUUAAUAUAUUUUCCGAGUUUCCUCCACUGUCUCAUAUUUAAUUGUUCAUGUAUCUGUUGUUGCAUGUUAUAUCUGUUGAAAACUCAUUCCUGUAAAGCACAAACAUAUUUUUGAUGACUCAUCUUGAACCCUCAGUGGAUACAUUUAUUCUAUCCAUUGUAAGUUGGGGUGAUCGGACAAACCCGUAAAUAAUAAUAAAAAAACAACAGUUGGCAUUUAG